CACAGAAUUUCAUUCUAGUCUGGAGUUAAGGAACUAAACCGAAUAGUGACACUGAUGAAUUAAAUUGUGGAAAGCUAUUUACAAAGAAAUGCAAUCUUUCUUUUUAAUAUAUAAAAAUAUAAUACUUAUACUUAAUUGCUUUGCGACAACACCAUUAGGUUUGUGUCAUAAUAUAAAUAGAACAACACUUGAAAUUUGAAGUUUAUAGUGGAAUAAAAAUUUCGUGUUAGUAAACAAAAUUUGUUGGCGUUUUGAACAAUGAAUGUAAAUAGCUUUUUAUCACCCCGUCUUAUGGCUGGAGCCGCGAUCGUGGGGCUUGUUGGAGCAGCUGGAGUAUUUAUAUAUGAACAGGUUUAUGCCGAGAAACGAAGAGCUAUGCUUGUUGGUGAAGUAGCGAGGCUGGAUAAGCAGGUAGCUGCCAUAAGGUCGGAAAUAGAAGCUCUUAGAGAAAUACAGAAGGAAACUAAGGUAUCCAGUACUUUACUUGGUUCCAGGAGUCUCCGGAGAGCUCGUCCCAAGCCGAGGGUCAAACGAGAAGCUGCCCCAGCGGCGGGAGACGUCACCGACUCGGAAUACUUCACAGAUUGUCAAUCUUUAGUAGGCACAGAUAUAGAAAUGGAUAGUGAGGAAUUUUACGACGUGCCAUCAGACGACGACACGCUGAGAGAGACGCGGAAUGGGAACGACACGAUCGCCGACGACGACAAUUCGUUAAUAGCCGAUGACACAAAAUCAAAAACCAGUUCGUAGCUAUGGUGUACUUAUGUGAGGUGCGCAGUCAAAUUGGGGUUAGUAGGUUUAGUCUUAGAAGUACCGCUUGGGAUUCAGAAUGGAUUGGCAUUUAUAAUAAAAUACAAUAAAAAGGACUCAGGAAAUAUGUUUGUCUCGAAUUAUAAAUGACAAUAAUAUAUAUGUUGACAUUAUUUUUGGUUUAAAUUAUAUAUAUAUAGUAUGGGUUAUCUGUGGCCUUACAACGAGUCUGCACCGUUACUAUAUACGAAGCGUUUCAAGUUUUUCGUACAAUGUGCGGAGAUUGUUGAAUGAGGAGUUGUAAAUGCAUGUCGCGGUGCCAACUCGGUGUAAGUCGACGGUCGUUUCUUGUUAAUGAAAUUAUAUUAUUUUGUAUGGAAUCAUUUGUAUCUUGUUAUAAAUUUUUAUUGUUUAAUACGCUUAUCACGAGUUCGCAUCGCCAAACUAAAUACGGAUAGUUGAUAGUUUUUUUUUUAUUUCUAAAUGUUCGUCACGUAUCAACUGACGGUAUCACCGUAUUCAUGAAAAACUAUAAACUCUCCGUAUUCAUUGUGACAAUGCGAACUCGUUACAAGAGCUCAGUUAAUGUCUAUCAGUGACGUCACACGCUUAGCUAUUAUGACGUCAUAGCGAUUCAAUUCCAUCGACAGCUAUAAUUCCAAAAAAGAAAAAAUAAUAAUUUUAUUACGAUUAUUCCAUUAUUUGUAAGUCUAUUUAAUUAUUGAAUGAUGUUUAAAAUUAAAUUUUCGUCUUAUAUAUAUUUUUUGACAUUAACGUAAUAUAAAAUAGGUUUUACCAAUUUUCUGUCAUAAUAACGGUAGGUGGUGAAAGAUUAGACUGAGGCAAUUUUGUUAAACUUUGAAACUGUAGUUAUUAUAUAUAUAUUACUUUAAUCCUGGAUUACUAAACUAUUUUGCGAGUGACGUUGUUACUUAACAUUCGUAAAAAAAAUCGACAUUUAAAUAAAACGGAAACAUUACCGAACAUGAAUUUGAACUGCUUUAGACAUUACAAUGACAUUUGUUGCGUUUCAAAAAUAAUAUGUAUUUUUUUACUCCACACAGUUUGGACGCAUCUGUGUUCACACCCUGUAUAUGCCUCUUACAUUUCAUGCAAAAGUUAAUUUUCAUACACAUACACACACACACACACACAUAUAUAUAUAUAUAUAUAUAUAUAACAAGUUUCACGUUCAUUUAAAACUCACUCACGCUGACAAACACUUUAAUUUUCAGGAAUCAUGAUUUUUCCAUUGUAAUUCUUACCGCAGUUCGGUAAUCUAGGCUUAAAGAGUUUGCAUUUAUCAUAGUAUCCUUGACUGUUAUAAUCUGUAUGUAAAAUAUGUUAUCUGUGUAACAAUUGACAUAUGCAUUUAAAUCUGACGUAUAACUUCACGCAGCCCGCUCCAGUGUACCGAACGCGCUCGCGGCCGCUCAAGUGUUUAAAAUAUAUAAAUCUCCAUUAUUAUAGCCUAUAAAAAUUGUGGGUAAUGUUUGUUAAUAAAAUAUUUUCAAUGUA